AUGGAGCAACAACAUUCAAUAUCGAUACAAUCCCACUUAACAUGUCCAGUAUGCUUUAGAAUGAGGGAGAGAUUUAUCUGUACUCAUUGCUCUCGCUAUACUGGUCCAGAUCAAACGAGUGAGAGCUUCAACGAUAAAUUAUUACGAUAUCAACAGAAAUUUCAACUUAAAAAUAACUUAUCGGAAAGGAUAAAUCAAACGUUGAUGAAACAUGAAAUUGCUCUAAGUACAAAAAAUCAAAUCCUAGAAAAGCAACACAGGAUUCAAUGCCUUAAAGCACUCUAUCAUUGCAAUAGAAAAGAAACCGAAACAGUUCGAAAAGAAGUAAAAAAACUCUACUCUAAUAUUGAAUUAAUGAAGAAAAAUGGUAAAAUGUGGAAGAAAUUUCUCCGAAAAUAUAAGGCGAAAUUGAAUAGCAAAAUUGUAAAUGCAUCGCAAUCUAAAAUCAAUCUCGAGAAAUUAUCUACAGAGUUGUAUAAUAUUCGUUGUAAAAAUGCUCGAGCAUUGGUCAGGGAUCUCUUUCCAAUUAGACACAUACCAGCUAAAUUACUAUCAAGUGAUCUUAAUCCAAUACGUACUAAAUCUGCCGAAGAUAAUGUGAUACAACGCAGUGCUUGCGACCGCAGUCAUGCUGAUGAUAAAGGAUUCGAUGCUUGUGAUGAUAAUUGCAGUCUAUCUGAUGAACAAUUAUGGGAUUUAGUUGAGGCAUCCAAUACAGUUUAUGUCAAUGGCAAAUGGGUUUCACUACAUGACGAUAAUGAUGAUAAACAUUCUGUUCUUGGUGCUAUGCUACCUACCAAUGGAGAUUACCAAGCAUAUUUUGUUUGGACUACUGAAGUACCUGCCCUUCUCGAAAAUCCGGCCUAUCAUAUUAAUGCUGCUUUCCUGUAUACUACCCAACUUGUAAAUAUUCUAUCGAUGUAUUUGGAUACCAAUCUACCGUAUAAGCUCUGUUAUAGUGAAUUUUCAGAUAUGAUUUUCGAUCGCCAAAAGUUUGAUACCGCCGUUUCUAAGUUAAAUUACAAUGUACUCUAUUUGUGUUCAUUACAGUAUCAAAAAUCUUACGAAUUAAUUUCAACGGAAAUAUUGAAAAAUCUCAGAUUAUGCAUCGAUCCAGAUAAUGACUGUCUGGGCAGACAAAAUAUUUAUGAAUUGGAUCCGAAUACUUAUUUCCUGCUUGAUACAUGCACUGACAGUAAUAUUGAUCUUGCUAAAAAUCAAGAUGAACUCACCCAAAGUACAGAAAUUGAUAGCGAUGAUGUUGAAAUGAGUUGGAUUAAUAGCGCUUCUCCCGCAGGAAACGAAAUAAAAGAACUAAUGACAGAUUCACCACAUGACGAACUGAACAGCGGCGAUAUCAGUGCAGACGAAUCACUCGCGUCAGCAUCAAGUUUGGUUUUUUCUGCAGCUGCUUUGGUUAAAUACUGGUGGCAAUAUGCAACCAAUGAAUAA